AGAAAGGAAAGUGACUGCAGGUGCAGAGAGAGAGGACACCUAGAGAGGGGAAACAUUUUAGUGGAGUGCCUGAGAAGAAGUCCUCCCUCUGAGAACAUUAAAACCACCCCGACAAAAUUCACCUCUUUAAAACUUGCGAUAUCUCUUCCUCUGACGACGACUCGGGGUUUGGCGUCGCAUAUCGUCCUGCUGCCGGAUACCCAAUCAUUAGUUUACACCUCGCCUCUCGCCUCGAGUCUGCCGGGCAUCACUUCCGACGGCAUGUUCUCGCUGUGAACAUGGAGUUUCCCCGUCCUCUGCCGGCGGAUACCUCUCAGCGUCUCCUCCGUCGCCCCAGUUCUCCCAGCGCCGCCGCCGACUGGCUCCCGGCCGCCUACGCUUCACGGCUCAGCAGUUUCUCGGGGCCACCGGAGAAUCGGCUGGCGGCUCUGGACUCCCGGGAGCCAGCGGGACUGCACCGAGAGCCCAGCACCUGACGGACAGGUCCAUGCUUUCCCCUCUCUAUCAGGACCAUGGGGGCUCGGUGGUGUGGCCUCACACUUUCUCGUGCUCCUCUUCCUCUCAGGCCCUCCAUCGGGAGCUGUGCUACAACUCUCCUCGAAUCAGUGGGAGCAGCGUCGUCGACCCAAACCCCACCUACUACCAUGCUGUGUAUGACAUCAAGGUGGAGGAGUACAGCGAGCUGCCUUUCUCCGGCGGCGAAAGCGUCGACGGGGAUCCCUUCGGCCAGGGCAGCUCGCCCCUCGUCACCAGCAACAAUGACCCGACGGUCCCACUCAUUCGCCGGAGGGGCGGGACGGUGGAUUACCGAGACGUCAUCCUGGCCCACCAAGCACACAAGCUGCACAACACGCCGCAGGCCAAGAGGAAACAGUGGGAAAUGGCGCGCUUUGGAGACGAGCUACCCAACAGGUACGGAGGAGGAGGAGGAGGAGGUGGUGGUGGCGGUGGUGGCGGGGGUGCCGGCGGACAAGGGGGGCCCGGCCGCGGCGGCAGCAGGCAAGGUGGGCCCCCCGGGGGGCAGCGCGUGUACAAGCAGUCGAUGGCCCAGAGAGCCCGGACCAUGGCCCUGUACAACCCCAUACCCGUCCGGCAGAGCUGCCUAACGGUCAACCGCUCCCUCUUCCUCUUCAGCGAAGACAACGUGGUGAGGAAGUACGCCAAAAAGAUCACCGAAUGGCCUCCGUUUGAAUGGAUGAUCCUCACCACCAUCAUAGCAAACUGCAUUGUCCUGGCUCUGGAACAGCACCUUCCUGACGGAGACAAGACGCCUUUGUCCGAAAGACUGGAAGAGACGGAGCCGUACUUCAUAGCCAUCUUCUGUUUCGAGGGUGGAAUCAAGAUCCUGGCUUUGGGAUUUGCGUUACAUAAGGGCUCCUAUCUGAGGAACGGCUGGAACGUCAUGGACUUCGUGGUCGUCCUCACUGGAAUCCUGUCGUCUGUGGGGUCUCAGCUUGACCUGAGGACGCUCCGAGCUGUCAGAGUGCUGCGGCCCCUAAAACUGGUGUCUGGAAUUCCCAGCCUGCAGGUGGUGCUCAAGUCCAUAAUGAAGGCCAUGAUCCCCCUGCUUCAGAUCGGCUUGCUGCUGUUCGUGGCUAUCCUUAUGUUCGCCAUCAUCGGCUUGGAGUUCUACAUGGGAAAAUUCCAUACAACCUGCGCUGAUCCCAUUACAAAGGAGAAAGUGGAAGAUCGCCCAUGUGGUCCCAAAUCACCCUCCAGAUUGUGUCCCAACGACUCGACGUGUGAAAGUGGCUGGAUCGGACCAAACUACGGCAUCACUCAGUUUGACAACAUCCUGUUCGCUAUUCUGACAGUCUUCCAGUGCAUCACUAUGGAAGGAUGGACAGACAUGCUCUACUAUAGCAACGACGUGGAGGGCAGCAUGUGGAACUGGAUGUACUACAUCCCCCUCAUCAUCAUCGGCUCCUUCUUCAUGCUCAACCUGGUGCUGGGCGUACUUUCAGGGGAAUUUGCCAAAGAGAGGGAGCGGGUGGAGAACAGGAGCGAGUUCCUCAAGCUGAGGCGGCAGCAGCAGAUCGAGCGAGAGCUCAACGGAUACCUGGAGUGGAUCUGCAAAGCGGAGGAGGUGAUUCUGGCUGAGGACGACGCCACGGGGAACUUUGAUGGUUCUAGACGAAGGCCGACCAUCAAAACCAGAAAUAACAAAACAGAGCUGUUGAAUCAAGAGGAAGGAGAGGACAACAUAGGAGAUGCAGUAGGAUUUGCUCGCUCCAGCAUAAAGAGCGGUAAGGACGGGGCCAAUUACAGUAAAAAUGAGCGACGGAUGCGAUUCUUCAUCCGGAAGAUAGUGAAGACGCAGGCCUUCUACUGGACGGUGCUCUGCCUGGUGGGCCUCAACACCAUCUGUGUGGCCGUGGUGCAUUACGACCAGCCAGAGAUUCUUUCCGACUUUCUCUUCUAUGCAGAGUUCAUCUUCCUCGGUUUGUUCAUGUCUGAAAUGCUGAUCAAAAUGUACGGUCUGGGCAUCCAGCCCUACUUCCACUCCUCAUUUAACUGCUUCGACUGCGUGGUUAUUGUUGGCAGCAUCUUUGAGGUUGUGUGGGCCACCAUAAAACCAGGCACAUCGUUUGGAAUCAGUGUGUUGCGAGCUCUCAGGCUGUUGCGUAUCUUCAAAGUAACCAAGUACUGGGCGCCGCUGAGGAACCUGGUGGUUUCGCUGUUAAACUCCAUGAAGUCCAUCGUCAGCUUGCUCUUCCUCCUCUUCCUCUUCAUCGUGGUCUUUGCUUUGUUGGGGAUGCAGCUCUUCGGAGGACUAUUCAACUUUGAAGACGGAACUCCGCCUACCAAUUUUGAUACGUUUGCAGCAGCAAUCAUGACGGUGUUUCAGAUCCUGACAGGAGAGGACUGGAACGUGGUGAUGUACGACGGCAUCGAGUCGCAGGGAGGAGUGAAGGACAAAGGGAUGAUCUUCUCCAUCUUCUUCAUCGUCCUCACACUCUUUGGCAACUACACACUGCUGAACGUGUUCUUGGCUAUCGCUGUUGAUAAUCUGGCCAAUGCCCAGGAACUUACUAAGGACGAAGAAGAGCAGGAGGAGGCAGCCAAUCAAAAGACGGCGCUGCAGAAGGCUAAGGAGGUGGCAGAGGUCAGCCCGCUGUCUGCUGCCAACCUGUCGAUUGCUGCGAAGGAGCAGCAGAAGAACCACACCAAGCCCAAUAAGUCUGUGUGGGAACAGAGAACCAGCGAGAUUCGGCGGCAGAACCUGAUGACGAGUCGUGAGGUUCUCUACAAUGAACUGGAACAGGAUGACUGGAAGGUGGAAGAAGGAGAGGAGGUGUCAUUCCCACGGAAAGCACGUGGCGAUGUGAAAACGCACCUGGACAGACCAUUGGUGGUAAACCCGCAGGACAAUCGCAACAACAACACCAACAAGACCCCACCCGGCGAGCCGCCGCUAGAUCAGCAGUAUCGUCGGCAGGAUGUUGACCACCGGCGCCGCGCUGCUCACCACUGCCACUACCACCGCCAUCACCACCAGAAAUCCACCAACCCAGACGGCGUGGACGCAAGCCAGCUGAUGGAAACCAACAUGGGGCAUGGUUUCAGCUGCACGUCUCUGGGUAACGUCGAAGGAAACGUGGAGCGCCACGGGGAUGAAGAGAAGCACAGCCACCAGAGUCGCCGGGGCCAUCGGCACAGGAACAGAGAGUGCCGGGAGGCUCGCAGCGUUUCUCCCCGUCACGGCGAAGGUGCAGACGGCAACGGUGAGGCGAGGAGGUGCAGGCAGCACCGCAGGGCAGCCAGGGAGGGGGAUGAGGGCAGAAGACAUCAGUGCAGGGCAACAGAAGGAGACGGAGAGAAAAGCGAGGAAGAGGGUGGACAGAAGGCAAGACGACAUCGGCACUGCAACCAGGAACGAUGCAGAGGACAUCGUGGCAGAAACGCCUUUUCCUUUGCCCAUGUCAGGGAACAUCCCAGCACCUGCCCCAGCCUCUCAACUACACGGCCCAUACAGCAGUACAAUGAGGACCUCGACAACUUCCGCAACAACAGCAAGCUGGCCAGCGCCCAAGAGCACCCUUAUGAUCUCCCACCCGAUCACCCAGACCAUCCGGACCACCUCAACAACCUGCUGAACUGCCAUGACGCCGACACCCACACCCUGCUUCACAGCAUGGACAGCCUGAUCUUGACCAGCAUGGCAAAGCCCGACUACACAUCGAUAGACAUGCCCCCCGUGUACCCGUAUCCCUCCACCAACGCAAUCUUGCAAGUGAACAAGAACGCCAACACUGACCAGAAGAAGAGCGAGGAGAAGAAGGAGGAGGAGGACGAGGGUGAAGACGAAGACAACGCUAAGCGCAUGCCUCCUUAUAGUUCCUGCUUCAUAAUGUCUACCACCAAUCCGUUUCGAAAGUGCUGCCACUACAUCCUGACUCUGAAGUAUUUUGAGUUCAGCAUCCUGUCCGUCAUUGCGAUGAGCAGCAUCGCCCUUGCAGCAGAGGACCCUGUCAAGCCCGACUCGCCACGAAACAACGUGCUGCGUUAUUUUGACUACGUUUUCACAGGGGUCUUCACAUUUGAAAUGUUGAUCAAGAUGGUCGUUCUCGGCUUGUUUCUCCACCAAGGGUCUUACUUUCGUGACUUGUGGAACAUACUGGACUUUAUAGUGGUUAGUGGUGCUCUGGUGGCCUUUGCCUUCACGGGGAGCAGCAAAGGCAAAGACAUCAGCACAAUCAAAUCUCUGCGUGUGCUGAGGGUGCUGCGUCCCCUUAAGACCAUCAAGCGUCUCCCCAAGUUAAAGGCAGUGUUUGACUGCGUGGUGAACUCCCUGAAGAAUGUGUUGAACAUUUUGAUCGUCUACAUGCUCUUCAUGUUCAUCUUCGCCGUUGUGGCUGUGCAGCUGUUCAAGGGUCGCUUCUUCUACUGCACAGACGAAUCCAAAGAGUUUGCACGGGACUGCAGGGGCGAAUAUUUAGUCUAUGAAAAAGACGAGGUAAAAGCCGAGAAGCGGGAAUGGAAGAAGUACGAUUUUCACUACGACAACGUGGCUUGGGCCUUGCUCACCCUCUUCACCGUCUCCACCGGAGAGGGGUGGCCACAAGUGUUAAAGCACUCAGUGGACUCUACUUAUGAGGAUCAGGGCCCAAGCCCGGGAUACAGGAUGGAAAUGUCCAUCUUUUACGUGGUGUACUUCGUUGUCUUCCCUUUCUUCUUUGUCAACAUCUUCGUGGCUCUCAUUAUCAUCACCUUCCAGGAGCAAGGGGAUAAGAUGAUGGAAGACUACAGCUUAGAAAAGAACGAAAGAGCCUGUAUAGAUUUCGCCAUUAAUGCCAAACCUCUGACUCGCCACAUGCCAAAGAACAAACUGAGCUUCCAGUAUCGGAUGUGGCAUUUCGUAGUGUCCCCUCCCUUCGAGUACAGCAUCAUGGCUCUGAUUGCACUCAACACGGUCGUCCUCAUGAUGAAGCAUUACGAAGCAAAUCUAGCUUACGAUAAUGUGCUGAAGUACCUGAACAUUGUGUUCACUGCCUUCUUCUUUAUGGAAUCUGUCCUGAAAAUCAUUGCUUUUGGUCCCUUGAACUACUUCAAAGAUGUCUGGAACGUUUUUGAUUUUGUCUCCGUCAUUGGGAGCAUUACUGACAUAUUGGUAACAGAGUUUUGGGACAAUUUAAUCAACUUGAGCUUCCUGAGGCUCUUCAGGGCGGCUCGCCUCAUUAAGCUCCUGAGACAGGGAGAAACGAUCCGGAUCUUACUGUGGACGUUUGUCCAGUCCUUCAAGGCUCUGCCGUAUGUGUGUCUGCUCAUAGCCAUGCUCUUCUUCAUCUACGCCAUCAUUGGCAUGCAGUUGUUUGGAAACAUAGCUCUAGACGAGGAGGAAGGAACUGCCAUCAACGAGCAUAACAACUUCAGAACAUUCAUUAUGGCCCUAAUGCUGCUGUUCAGAAGUGCUACGGGUGAGGCGUGGCAUGAAAUCAUGCUGGCGUGCCUGGGAGAGAAGAAAUGUGACCCAGAGUCAGGAAGUACCGGGAAGGAGUGUGGCAGCACCUUCGCCUACACCUACUUUGUCUCAUUUAUUUUCCUCUGCUCCUUCCUGAUGCUGAAUCUCUUUGUGGCCGUCAUCAUGGACAACUUCGAGUACCUCACCAGAGACUCGUCCAUCCUGGGGCCGCACCACUUGGACGAGUACGUAAGGAUAUGGGCCGAGUACGACCCCGCCGCCUGCGGGCGCAUACAUUAUAAGGAUAUGUACAGUUUAUUGCGAGUUAUCUCCCCUCCUCUGGGCCUUGGCAAGAAAUGCCCACAUAGGGUGGCCUGCAAGAGGCUCCUUCGCAUGGAUCUGCCUGUUGCCGACGACAACACAGUGCAUUUUAACUCCACCCUCAUGGCUCUGAUCAGGACAGCCCUGGAUAUAAAGAUUGCCAAGGGCGGCGCAGAUAAGCACCAGAUGGACGCGGAGCUGAGGAAGGAGAUGAUGGCUAUCUGGCCAAAUUUAUCACAGAAGACUCUGGACCUGCUGGUUACUCCACACAAGGCAGCCACAGACUUGACGGUGGGCAAAAUCUACGCUGCCAUGAUGAUCAUGGAAUACUACAGACAGAGCAAGACCAAAAAGCUGCAAGCCCUGCGAGAGGAACAGAACCGAACGCCAUUAAUGUUUCAGCGCAUGGAGCCACCCUCUGAGGGAGGGGGCACGGAGGGCCAGGCGGGGCCAGGCCAGAACGGUCUGCCCAGCGUUCAGCCGGACAACAUCAACAGCAUACCUCCUGAAGGUGGCUUGACUGAAAGCCAAUCAUGGAUGACGGCUAAAGCACAGGAAAUGUACCAAAAGACCGGGAACUGGAGCCCGGACCGGCCCUACCCCGACGACGUCCACGAGAACCGCCACAAUCCCCAGACCAUCACCGACAACAGCCCGAUGCGUCGCUCCACCUCCAGUCUGGUCCACGGGCGUUCCGGUCGGGGCGUGAGGCUGGACGACUACUCUCUGGAGAGGGUGGUGUCCGAGGAGGGGAGACACGGCGGCGGGCGCAGGCACAGGGACCGAAGCCAUCGCACUUCGCAGCGAUCGCUGACCAGAUACACAGACGCCGACACAGGUCUGGGCACAGACCUCAGCACCACCACACAGUCAGGUGACCUGCCUCCCAAGGAGCGUGAGCGGGACCGCGGGCGCACCAAGGACCGCCGUCAUCACCACCACCAUCACCACCAUCACAGCUCAAUGGACAAGGAGCGCUACGAUCGCCAUGACUACCCACAUAGACCCCCCCAGGACCGCCACUGGUCCCGGUCCCCCAGCGAAGGGCCAGACGGGAGAGGUCACAGACAGGGGAGUAGUUCUGUAAGUGGCAGCCCGGUCCCCUCCACCUCGGGGACCAGCACUCCACGGAGAGGCCGCCGCCAGCUGCCACAGACUCCUGCCGUCCCUCGUCCGCACGUCACCUACUCCCCCGCCGUCCGAAAGCCCCUCUACGGCCCCCCGGGCCCGGGGCGAUUGCGCUCCCCUUCCCCUCGACACUUCUCUCCGCCGGACCUCGACCGGGGCUACCACCACCGGCCCCCGUCACGUCACGCCUCCCCGCACCACGGCGGCUCCUCGUCCAGGCACGGCUCGCCGCGCUCGCCUCGGCACCAGUCGCCGCACUCGCCGCUCCACGGGUCGCCUCGGUCUCCACACCGGAACCGCUGGAGUGGCCCCCCGCCGGGGGACAGCCUGGAGGGUGACGGGCCCUUCUACGAGAGGGAUUACGAGUAUGAGCGGCAUCACGAGCCUCCCGCCUACGAGCAGAGCCUCUCCCAUGGCAACCCUCAUCCGCAUGGAGGAAACCCUCACCCACACCCACGCUCACCAAGGACUGCUCGUCACGGGCCCCCGCCGGCCCCUCACCCACAUCCACGUAGGGUUCCUAAUGGCUACCGUUCAUCCUCACCUUCCCCGCAUAGGAGGGGACCGCCAGGGGCGCCGCACCCUCACCACCGGCCUCCCCACGCCAGAGGGCCCCGCAAGGGCCUACAUGAACCUUACAGUGAGACGGACGAGGAUGACUGGUGCUAGCGACGGCAUGAGAUGCAGACAGCAGUAGAUGAUAAGAACCGCCACCUCCAGCACUAUGGCACAUAUGUAAACUUUGAACAAUGUGAUGCUAAAGUUUUGGAGAGCCCCUCCUCUCCCCCUUUAGACUCUUAAAACAAAAAAAAAAACAAAAAAAACGAUGCUAGGGUGGAGGCAGAGGGGCAGUGGUGCUGCUAGGAGCCUUUUACACAUUUUGCAGAAAAAUCUAAUCUUUGACAAAGCAGCACGUGGUUAUGCUAAUCUCGAGAAAGUCCGGAGAACUCAGUAGGCAAGGCCAGGGCACAGGUUGACCUCUGCCUCUCAGAACUACAGUUCCCAUGACCAGCCUACACCAUCGAGGUCUAGGCUGAGAGGGAACAGAGAGUCGAGGGAACAGAGAUCCAAGGAGGAGCAUGAGGUUCUAAAACAAUGUGACGGGAUCGUUUCAAGGCCUAGCAGGCACUUUGCUCAGACUGGCGCCUGACUGCUUAGGUGUGCGCAAGCUCUCACUGGCUGGACUACUUAGGAAAAAAGCAGAAAAUAAGCUGAAGUGAGGAGUACACCGCUUAGACUCUGCUCUAAAACAGACCCGUUUAGAGAGGAAAAAAAUGAUGUGAUGAAAACCAGGAUCCCCCUCACUAACCCUUACAUGCCAAGCUAUGCCUCCAGAAAAUGAAACUUGAACAAUGAAGAGGACAGUGAAACUUUACAUGACAGUGACAAUUUAAAAAAAUAAAAUAAAAUAAAGGGAGUACUUUUACUUUAUCUUUAUGGUCUCUCUCUGUGUUCAAGGGGACAGAACUUGGGAAGCUCCGCCUAUACUGCAAAACCCAGCCAAUCACAGCGCUGGCUGAUGAUAUUCGAUGAGUUUUAUCAUCUCUGUUUACUGUUACGGACUCACUUGAUGGGGGAUGGAACUGCUGUGACAUCACUUCCUGUCCAGACGGCGGCGGAUGCAAAGCGGUGACGCCCAACGUAGGCUUCACUUCCUGGAAAAGACGCGGCGGGAGGACGGGCCCAGGUUACCGGAGAAGGGGACUGGUCACUCUGUCAAUCCUUUCCCUUAUCUAUUGAUCAACCCAUCAUACAGAGAAACAGGGACCUGACAGGAAAUGACAUCACAAAUGUUGGCGGGUGGCAAGAAGACAGGAAAGGAAGGAUGGGGGGGAAAAAAAGAAAAACCAGACUAAUUUCUUCAGUAUUUCUUCUGUCGAUUACUUCUUCUUCUUGUUCUUCUUCGGACAUUCGGAGUUUGGUUCUUCUGUUGCAUUCGCUCAGCCUCCUUUGAUCUUUUUCAGAGUUCAAAAACCGAUGGAAACCUGCAUGAUUGAUAUAAUCCAUACUAGAGAGGAAAUCUAAGCGGUGCGGGUGGGAGUGGGACCAGGGGGGCUUUAUAGGAAACUUUAACUUUUAGGUUCACAAAAGAAGUUAUCUUUUCAGACUCUCUCUCUCUCUCUCUCACUUUUUUCUUGUCUGACUCAAAAGUCGAGUCAUUUUUUAAAAAGAUUUGUUGUUGUUUUGGUGUUUGUUUUUUAUACCUGACAGAUUGACAGGUUUUUCACUUGUCUCAGGUUUCUGUUGAAAACUCAGCUUCAGCAACCUGACAAACAGACGAGCAGAAGGAAGUAAAACGUUUACAGGGUCAUACAGGCGUCCUGUCUUUUGAGAAACACACACUUCUGAGAGAGAGAGAGCGUACAGAAGGAAACUUCUACCACACUUAAGUUGCUAUUGUUGAUGAUAACAGAAAUGAAUAAUGAUUUGAUUUCAUUAAUGUCAAUACAAAUGAGUGACAAUGAUGAUACUGGUGAUGAUUGACUGAAUGUUAGACGCGUUGAUGUAGACUUGCUGUCAUGUUGAUUGGAGUUCAGAUAUGCCGUGUUCAUCUAGUUUUUUUGUUUUUUUUUUCCAUCCCUUAUGUUGGUAUCCCGUGCUUAGUGUCUACCGGGUUCCCGAUAACCUUCGUGCAAUAUUAUUUUUUGGGGGGAUGGUGGUUUUACGGACAUUCACUCAGCAGAGUUGCGUGUUGUAACACAGCUCUAAGCGAAGAUGCAUUCUCUCUCCAGGAUAGUGGAGGGCGGAGGUCAGAGGAGCCUCAGUACCGGUCCUGCAGCGACCCGUAGGGUCUCAUCAAGCCAACCCAAAGAUCAGUAAUGUUUCGAGUGAAGGAGUACAACAUAUUGAGAAUGUGGAAGCUGAUUCUACAUGUUUCUUCUUCUUCUAAGGUUGACAUCGUCCGACUUAUUGCCAAAAAAAAAAAAAGACAGAUCUAUGAAUCUCAAAUCCUUUUUUUGUUUCUUUUAGCUCUAUAGUUUAACUUGGGGGUUAGUUGCCAGCACUGAAAGCAAAGCAUUGGUGGUACAGGGUUGGCAUCAGUCAGCGUUUGAGACUGUGUUUUGGCCACUAGAGGGCAGUAAUCGGCUUCUGUUUUUCCUCUUCCACUGGACGGUGACUUUUUGGCCACAUCCUGAUCUCUCGCCGUCCUGCAGUCAACUUUCCACUUUCUAUAAAAGUUGUGAUAAACAUAAAUCCGAUUCUUCGUCAGGAAACACUGACACGCCCUGAGAGCUGCCGUAUCUUUUCAUUCGUCAUUCCAUUUUCCCACCUUCCCUACCUCCGGCCCUUUCCGUGAAGAUACCCGGCCCAGUUCAGUGACUUUGUAGCAAGUUGGAAACUUUCGCUGCCAAAACAAAACAAAACAAAAUUUAAAAAAUGCUUUAGCAACCAACUUAUUUUUUCUCAUCUAGCUUUUUGUCAAUUCAUUUACUUUAACAUCUGUUUAGCUUUUUAAAGACAUUACAACAUUACACCACAGAAGAGAAAUACCUUGGAAUAAUAUUUUAACCCCUUAUGUUAUGAGGGAUGACAGUUAUUGAAUGAUCAAUAAUUCUAGACUAAAAGAAUAGAGCAUAGGUAGACUUAGUUUAUUACCUGAAGAUGAAUAUAGAUGUUCUAGAUGUAGUUAUAGAUAAUACAGAGUAUAAAUAGAAUUGCAGAUGUUUAUUUAUUUUGCGUACUAAUGCUACUUUUUCCAUGCAAAUUGCAGAAAUCCCAGACAAACCGCAGCACAGACACAUUUUGACUCUAUGCAGACCUUAUUUACAUCUCCAGAGGGGAACCUGCAGCACAGCAGCGCUGCAAAAACGAAUCCAUCAAACAGGAAACAGCAUGUCACGCUACGUCGCAUCCACAGUGAGGUUUACUUUUCAAGGACAUCUGUUGCUGCUUCUUUUUUUUUUUUUUCCCUUUUGCAGAUCCGUUCUCCCUGAUUCAUGCUUUUCUGCUUUCGUGAGAUUAUUUGCCUCGGGACCGUGAUUUUGUUUUUAAGCAUAGCAUGGUGAAUCGGAUUGGGGACGGCGCUUAUGAUUUGUCAGUUCGGUGGAAGCGAAGGGGUGCUUUACCAUAAAACCUUCUGUCCUCACCAUCCAAGAAGUUACAGCAGGUGAGGAUUGUUCUCCAAAGCCCCCUACAGAGCCACAGUGCCUUCUGUAUCUGAGUCACAUUCAUCACCCCCCCAUCAACCCCGCCCCACCUGCCUCCCCAGUCACAGUUGCUCUCGUCAGUAACCCCUCGACCCCUCCUUGUGCAGUCGACGUGAUCAACCACGCUACGCCUUAAGGUUAAAUCUCACCGGCUCCCAUGCUAGCAUUCAAAAUGGGGAGUGUGGCGAUUUUGAGACUGGGCCACGGUCAGGAAGCAAGUCGAGAGACCAGGCUAGAUGCACAUUCAGAAUGGGCUGAACUAUUUAAUAUCUCCCAUUCAGGCACUCAGUUUUGUAACAGCUACCAAAAAAAGAAAAAGAAAACCGUCACAGUUUCAAUCUGAGCCUUGCGGUUUUUGACUUUUGAAGACUCAACGGCCAUCGUCUCCAGAUCCCGCUAGCUGGCUAGCCCCUUUUGGCUUCGGCAUGGCUCCAGUUUAUGUCCGUCCCGUAGUUGUCCUACGUACAGUUUCUUGAUGAUGUACUUAGAGGUUUACAGAGGUGCGAAGCUGUUUGCUUACUUCUCAGGUCCCUCUAGAGCUAGGUAGCUAGUUAGACCACGUAGGGAAGAAACCGCAACAGAACAGGCAGCUCCCGGUUUGAGUUAUUGUAUGGUUUUUACUUGGCAUGGUAUCUUGUUGUUGGUCUCACCCCUCUCCUUUCACCACAAGUACAUCGUAACACAAUCCAAGCUCUUACAUUUCCAUCUAAAGCCUGCAGAAACGCCGCCGAAACGACACAACUUUCAUUUUGGCUCCACUCGCUCAUCCGGAAGUGUAACAGCGGAUCCAGACACACAACAUUCCCCUUGUGUGAACGCAUGUUGUGUGCGUGUGAGCUUUUUCCAAAAAACUGAUCCCAUUAGUUUGGAAAAAGGCAAACAUCUAGUUUGUUUUGUCUGAUUGUUUUUUAGUAUCUAAUUGCUUUAUGAAACACAGUUUAGGGGGCAAUGCAAAGUUGUUGUUUGUUUUCCUCAGUCAUCACCUGUCUUUAUGUCUGCUUUCUGUCACUCUUUACUGUUAAUAUCCAAAUAAUCUUUCUUUUUUCAUUUCUUCUUCCCCAUGGGAUGAAGGGAAAAUUAACAAGCGUACCACCCAUCCGCUCAGUCGGCUGUGAAAUUGUGUCAAUGGGUCAUUUGUAAGGUAACGUGUUGACAAAAACACAAAAAGGGCUCUCUUUUAAAAAAAAAAACUAACUACACUACACAAUGGGGAUUAAUGUACAGUAGUGCUGCCAAAAGUUGUGCUUAUGUAGCUAAAGCCACGCUGAGGUCUCCCCCUUGUACAGCACUAAAUGUGUGUGCAUGCGUGUGUGUGUGUAAGGCAGCGGGACAUUGGAGCCGGGGCCAAAACGAGACGAGUGGCUGAUGUUGGAGGGGCUGCGGGGGGAACUGUUUUGGGUGGAGGGAGGCUGCUUCAGGUGGGAGCGGCAGCAGAGCUUUCAGUGAUGUUGAUACACAAUUUCACAAUGGCACCAGAACAUUUUUCAAGCUCACGCUCAAGUCACCAUUUUUCCACCAUCACCUGAUCUUCAUCUACUCCUACUUUGAGAGGGGCGGGGCUACGGCUGUGACAGGGAGACGUUUUACUCUGUGACUGUGACUGUGGGUGUGUGUGUGUGUGUGUGUGUGUGUGAGAGUCGACAUGUGUUCGCUGUGGUCACGUUUGCUAAGGCUGAAACUGUUUAAUCAAGUUACAUUUUCUGUUCACACUAACGCAGACAUUGAAAAAGCAAGGUUAAAAAAAAUCCAAGAUCCUUUUUGGGAAAGAAAAAACAAUUAAGUUUUAAUAUGGACUAGUUUCAUAGAAUGAUGUAGAAUACACCAAUAUUGGAGGAUUUAAUGGGAGUCUUUCUCUUUCUCCUCACUGUCACCAUUAAACUAGAAACUCAAGCCUUUACUGACUGAAAUUAGUAUUUCAAGCCAAUUUUCUUACAUUAUUUUCUAGAAAAAUAAAUGUUUAUCCUUGAUGGACAAAGAAUGUGUGAAACUAAAGAAUUAAUGUGUGAUCGUUACAAAAAGUGCAUGAUGGGAAAGAGUUGUGUACAGAACGACCAAAGUUGAUGAGAUGAGCAGCAGUUUCAUUAGCUUAGCACUGCUUCUGGAUGAGCCCCAGGUUCAAUGUACCGCACUUAUAUUAGGAUUUUUUUUAUUUUUUAACUAAAUGCCAAUGCAUAAAUGUUUUCAGAAAUAACAAAAAGACUUUAGUUUUAAAUAUUCACCGCAGAUCACCAAAGCUAAGCUAACAUUGAUGCGUUAGCUAAACAGCUAAAGCACCAUUUGUAUUUGUAUUACAUUGUUUUGUUUUUAUUAUUUUUUGAACUAGUUGCCAACUCAAAUUAAAUGCCAAAACACUUUUUUCAGAAAUAAUGAAAAAAGCCUUAGUUUUAAGCUAGAUAUUCACAGCAGAUCUGAUGUGACUCACCAAUGCUAAGCUAACAUUUUUGGAGGGGAUUUUCUAUAGCGUAGCACGGCUUUAGCUGUGCCCUGGACUGAAUGCGUUUAUGUUUUUUAUUUUUUUUUAAUAUGAAUACCACCAUGUUUUUUUCACAAAUAAUGAAAAAAAAAAAAAUCUGGAUUUUAAGCUGAAUUCUUACAGCAGCUAAAAUUUUGGGACUUUUUUCUACAGCCUGAACUACACUUUUUUUUCCUGUCACAGCUUGACUGUUAAAAUGUAACCAAAAGUUUAUGAGCAUAUUUUAACAUUGAAAAUACACACAAAUUCUUUCCCCACAAAUACAAAAUUUUAACUUGACUUGUAAUGAAACAAUUUAGAAAGUAAGCUAUUUUCCACCCCUAACCAGGGAAAUGUAUCAGCUGUUUAACUUUUUAAUUUAUUUGACUAAUGGCCUAAUUGAUUAGAUGUUUCAGCCCUUAUUGUGUGAAUGAUGUGUGCCAAUCUGUUCAUUAUCAUGCGUGUCUAAGUGUGUCGUCACACCAUCAGCUGCAGAAGGUAACCCUCAGUGCCUUACACUGUACAGGACAUGAUGACUCUCCACUCGUGGUUAUCACUGCAUCAUCAUCUCCUCUGUUUCUCACCCUUACUCAUUCCCACACUGGAUGGGUAAGAACUGUGUGUGUGUGUGUGUGAGUGUGCGUUUGUUUGUAAUACCUUGUGGGGACCAUUGUCCUGACACAUACUGUGUUGUGGGGACCCACUGCUCCUUGUGGGGACCAGGCAUCAGAAACGCCUGGUCCCCACAAGAAGCAGGGGAAACAGUGUUUCCCCUUGUGGGUCAGAUUUAGGUCUUAGGUGUGAUUUGAGUCUUGGAUAGGGUUAGGUAUGUAAUGGUUAGGGUUACAAUAAGGGUAAGGUUUACGCUGUAGAAAUGAAUGGAAGUAGAGGAAAGUCCCCACAAAGAUAGCCAUGCAAACGUGUGUGUGUGUGUGUGUGUGUGUGUGUGUUGGUGGAUGUGUGAAAGAGUGAACUGUGGGGGAGUUGGUUGAUAAUCUUGUGAUGUGUCUUACUCAUCCUCUCACCAUGUCUCAUGUCAUCAGAUGUACAUUUUGGCUCUGUAAUUUAUGUGUAGAUAUUCCAUAAAGUUUCUGGAAAAACUUCACUGUGUUCAUCGUCAGUAAUUCUCAUUUAUUUUCCUCAUUCCCACUCCAUACACAUUCUUCACGUUAUACCAUUUGUAAACACUAGGUAGCAGGAUUAAGCUUAUUUUUUUUAAUUCUGUCAUCAGUGAGAGAUAGAAGACUGAGUGAGUUAAUGUCUGUCUGUGUGGGUGUGAUUUCUCUGUGAGGGUUUGUCUGUCUGCAACAUGACUGUGUUUCUUUCACUUUAUGGAGCCAAGAAAGUGCUUUAGGACUGAUAAAUAUGGGCAUUAGUUUAUUUACCUGCAUUUUUGAGGCUCUAGGAUUCAGAAAUUAUUCUGUAUAAAAAAAAUUGUAAAUUAAAUCUUUUUUGUUUUGAGAAUUUUUUCAGCUACAUGUAGCAGGCAUUUAUAUCAUUCUUAUUUAUUUACUUAUUUUUUUGCAAACUGCCUGAAAUAAAGGCCUAGUCCACAUGUAGCUGGAAAUGUAGAAAAAUGAAUACAUCUUUAUGCAUUCUGGCCUUUCAGCCACACAAAAAAUCUGUUUAACAUCAUCGAAAAUUAUUUAUAAAAACUCUCAACCAGAAUGGAAAUUUGAGAAAACUUCCCAUUUGUGUUUUCUUGUCUAUAUCUUCUAAUACGUUAUUUAAAAGUAGUUCAACAUACACAUCUGUCCAACUUCCUGCAGCCGUGUUUAAUUCCCAACAGGUUGUUUUGAAGCAAUCUGAUUGGCUGAUGUAGGUUUUAGCUUUGCGCUACACUGCCCCCUAUAUGUUUGGCAUGUUAAAACAACGCUCACGUUUGGAUUUGAGCGUGUUUGUGUGGCUGAAAACUUAUCUGAAACAAAUCCCCUGUUUACGAUAAUUUUUUUGAACAAGAGAUAUUCUAUUUUUAAUAGAGACCCAGCUACAUGUGUACAAGGCCUGAAGGUUAGUACCUCUAAUCUGAUCUCUGAAGCAACAAGUUUGGCUGCAUAAACUUUACACGGAUGUUCACAGUGUCUCCUCCUGUCGCCUCCGCAUCUCUGAAGAGCCCCAUCUCCAUUUCCAUUUCUCUCUCUACGUCUUUCAUCCUUAAUCUCGUCUUCUCGGUUUGUUUCCACGAGCUCAGCCGAAACAAGUUGCUUCGAGGGAUUUUAUCCUCAUUACUUCAUUCUGAAAGACGCCGCAGGUAGAUUUGUUU